UGCAAAUUCUGAUAAAGAGUGCUGAGAUCAGAACAAAACAAAGUUACCGAAAAAAUGAUUGAUAGGGUGCAGUGAAGUCUACUGAACUGUCGAACAGAAUUUCCGGAACGUUUUAUAAGAGUUAAAAUUGCUGUGAUUUAUAAAACAAACGAAAAGAAAAAUGCUUUCUGCUUCUCGUCUAACUGUAGCAAACCUCCGUAUUGCACAACCCAGGGUAGCAGCGAUUCGAACAAGAGUGAAUUUCUCUGGUGUGUCCGGAUCUAUGACCUACAAUCGCCGCUGGCUCUCUAGGAAGGAAUAUGACUCAGCGAAAUCGUCUCCACCAGCUUGUCCCCCUUCACGUUCAGCAUCAAUUCCCUCUCCAUCGAGAACGCAUCCAGUUUGUCCUCCUUCUAAGACCACACCACCUCCAGACUCUCCACCGCCCAAUCCUCCAGAGAAAUCUAAGGUUCCUUACAUUAUUGGAGCCAUCGCUCUAACCGCGGGUGGUUUGGGUCUUGCCUACAAAUUAGGUUUAUUUGACAGCGACCCUACAUUGGAACAAGCGUCGCCAGCUUCAACUCAUCCACUAAAGACAAGGACACAAUUUCCUCCCUCCUCGAAGGAUCUUCCCAAGCAGGUGCCAUAUCUGCUUAUCGGCGGGGGAACGGCAAGUUUUGCUGCGUUUCGCGCAAUAAAAGGUCACGAUGCGAAAGCGAAAGUUCUAGUUAUUACCAAUGAAACGGAAAUGCCUUAUAUGAGACCCCCGCUUUCAAAGGAACUUUGGUUCAAUCCUGAAGAAAAAGCCCAAACCGAACCGCUCAAAUUUCAACAAUGGAACGGCGUUGAACGAAGCAUUUAUUACGAGCCGGAGGAUUUCUACAUCGACCCGACUAAACUAAUGGAUUCACCGAAUGGAGGAGUAGCUAUCGCCAGAGGUUACGAGGUACACAAGAUCGAUGUCGUCAACAGGAAGGCAAUUCUGACCGAUGGAACCGAAAUUGGUUACGGAGAAUGUUUACUUGCGACUGGAGCAAAACCAAAAAAUUUACCUGUUUUCGAAGCAGCACCGCUGGCGGUGAAACAGUACACAACGUUAUUUAAGAAUGUGACCGAUUUUGAGGAACUUGGUAAGAAGCUGAAAUCUGGUGGCAAAGUGGCAAUAAUCGGAGGUGGUUUUCUUGGAAGUGAACUAGCCUGUGCGCUAGCAAAAUUCAGUGAAAUUCGCCAGAAGAGAUUAGAGGUUUAUCAACUGUUUCACGAGGAAGGCAAUAUGGGCAAAAUAUUGCCUGAGUAUUUAAGUCACUGGACGACGGACCGUGUUCGAGAGGAAGGUGUUAAAGUUUGGCCAAAGACACAAAUUAAAGCAGCGGAAGUGCAUGAGAAAAAACUCCGACUAACGUUAACCGAUGACAGUGUAUUGGUGGUGGAUCACGCUAUCAUUGCUGUAGGUUCGGAACCAAAUACAGAUCUGGCAAAGACAUCUCAGUUGGAAGUGGACUCCAACCUAGGAGGUUUCUUGGUAGAUGCUGAACUUAGAGCACGGUCGCAUCUGUACGUAGCAGGUGAUGCUGCUUGUUUCUAUGAUCCAAAGUUGGGUCGUCGACGAGUGGAACAUCAUGAUCAUGCGGUCGUGUCCGGUCGUUUGGCAGGUGAAAAUAUGGCUGGAAAAAACAAACCAUACAACCAUCAGAGCAUGUUCUGGUCAGACUUAGGUCCAAGAAUCGGCUAUGAAGCGAUUGGUUUAGUUGAUUCGGCUCUUCCGACAGUAGCCGUUUUCGCAAAGACCAAGACGGAAAUCAUUCCGGAUACAAGCGAGAAAUUGCAGGCAGUAAAUACAGCAGUCAUUCCGGCUUCGGCAACCAACAGUGGCAACGGCAACGUUCUAAAUAACACCGGAAUUGUUAGGGCGAAAGAAAAAUCCCCGGUUAAACAACAGGACGAAACAGAUGAUUUCAACAAGGGUGUGAUCUUUUAUUUAAGAGACGAGAAAGUCGUCGGAAUCAUGCUGUGGAACAUUUUCAACAGAAUAGGAACCGCCCGUAAAAUUAUCGCCCAACAUACGCACUAUGAUGACUUGAACGAGGUUGCAAAACUUUUUAAUUUACACGAACGCCCAGAGGAAACCGAUUCAGAGGAAUCGAAAUAAAAUUGCAGUGCUUGGUAAAAAAAAUAAUCCAGUAAAACAAAAUUUAACCGUGUCUGUAUUGAUGGUAGGCGGCAUUUCUUUUGUACUUGUAUUAUUUUGAUCAUGCUUAUAAGUCAGACAACAAACAAUUCAGUAAAUUCUAGUGUU